AUGCCUAUAUUUGAUUAUAAAGAAAUAGAAUCACCAGCAGAUGAUCCAGUGUAUAAUGACUAUAGUAGUUUUGGUGGUAUACCAAUCAUCAUUGACAAUGGGUCAUACCAAUGUAGAGCUGGUUAUGCAAAAGAAGAUAAACCAAGAUUGAUAUUUAAAUCAUUGGUUGGUAAAGUUAAAUCAACUGCAGCACCAGUUGUUGGUAAUGCUAUCAAAGAAUCAGAGAUAUCAAGAUUAACAAUAAGAAGUCCAUUUGAUUCAAAUAUUCUUGUUCAUCCACCAUCACAAGAAUGUAUAUUAGAUUAUAUUUUCGAGAAAUUAGGAGUAAACAAACAAAUUGAUAAUCCUAUAUUGUUUACUGAACCAACUGCAAAUCCAUCUUAUUAUACAAGUGAAUUAUUAUUUGAAUGUUAUCAAGCACCAUCGGUAGUAUAUGGAAUAGAUUCAUUGUUUGCAUAUUAUGGACAAAAACAUCAAUUUGAAGACAAUGGAAAGGAAGCUUUGAUAGUAUCAUCGGGUCAUUGUACAACUCAUAUCUAUAAUGUUAAAGGUGGUAGAGUCGAUCAAUACCAAACUAAAAGGAUCAAUGUCGGUGGUGGAACAGGUAGUGAUUAUCUAAGAAAAUUAAUUCAUCUAAAGUAUCCAAAUCAUAAAUCUUAUUUCACUCCAAAUUAUACAAAUGAAGUAAAAGAAAAACAUUUAUUAUUUUCAAAUCAAUCAUAUGUUGAAAAGAUUGAGGAAUUUGGUAUUGAAGAUCAAAGUAAUACGACAACAACGACACCAACAUUGACUCAUAUUAUUCAAUUACCAUUCCAAGAGGUAGAUUUGGAGAAAUUGGAAGAAGACAAACAAAGAAAAAUACAACAAAGAAAAGAGUUGGGACAGAAACAAAGAGAAAAGAUGGAAAUCAAGAGAAAAGAAAAAUCAGUAGAAUAUAUAGAGCAACUCAAUUCAUAUGAAGCGAUUCAAGCAUUAAAAUCAACAAACUUGGAGGAAUUUAAUAAUAGUCUAGAGGGUCAAGAAAUGUCAGAACGUGAUUUAUUAAAAGCAAUCGAUGAACUAAGAGAAAAAUUAGGAAGAAAGAGAGAUCCAAUUCCUGAAAUGACAAACGAAGAAGAAUUUCCAUUAUUAUUUGUUACAGAUGAUUUAUUGUCACCUGAACAAAUCAAAGAAAAGAGAAAACAAAAGAUGCUAAAAGGUGCAAAAGAUGCAAAACUAAGUGCAAAGAGAAAGAGAGACGAGGAAAAGGAAAAGGAAGAUGCAAUCACUAGAAAAGAAGAGGAAGAGUAUGACAAGGAUCCAGAAGUGUAUAUGAAACAAUUGUAUGAACGAAGAAACAAAAUAGUCGAACGAAAGGAGCAAAGAGAGAAAUCAAAAACAAAGGUCAUUCGAAGACAGGCCAAACUCAGAACUGUGGUCAUCACUGAGAAACGUGGAGAGGAUGAGGUUGAUGAAGAAGAGGAUCAAGACAAUGCUGCAUUGGCACAAGUCGAAAAACUAUUAGAUAAAUUCGAACCAGGUUGGAAUGCAUCGCCAGAAGAUGAUCCUGCCCAACAUUAUGAAACAGCUCAAGACCAUCAAAUACAUUUGGGUAUUGAUAGAAUUCGUGUUGCAGAGAUUCUCUAUCAACCAAAGGCUAUCAUCGGCUUAGACUCUAUGGGUUUAAUGGAAUCUAUUGCAAUGAUACUUUCUCAAAUUCAACCAAUUGAUAUUCAAUCAAAAGUUUCAAGAAAUAUUUUUGUAACAGGUGGAAAUAGUUUAAUAUGUAAUUUCAAGGAAAGAUUAAUGUAUGAAAUGAGACAAAUAAGAGAACCUGGAACUAAAUUUAAUAUUGUUGGUGGUGAUAAUAUAUUGGAUAGUUGGAUGGGUGCCAAGAAAUGGACAACGGAUCAUUUAAAUGUUGGAGAUUGGAAUACAGUUUCAAUAUCUAGAAAGGAAUAUCAAGAAUAUGGUUACGAUUAUUUAAAGGAACAUGAUGCUUCUAAUUUAUCUACUUUUAAAUAUCAUCAAAAAUAG